ACGUACAACCUUUCUCCGGAGAUGCCACAGGGUACAGAGAGUUCAGAAAACUCUUCGAUGCCUUAGUGCACCAACGGCCUGGAUUGUCAACAGUGGCGAAGUUGGCAUAUCUUAAACAAAGCUUGACGGGACGCGCUCUGGAAUUGGCCAGAACCUACGAAUUUUCAGAAGAAAACUACACGAAGAUUCUGGCAGCACUGGAUGACGAAUACGGUCUGGAAUGGGUAACAAAAAUGCAAUGUUUUGAAAGUCUGGCCAAAUUGCCACAAGUGGAUUCAAUUCACUCACCGUCACUGAAGGUGUUGUACAACACAGUGUUAGCAGUGAUGAACACUCUUCAAGGAUGUGGUCACGUGCUGGAGGUCAAUCCGGACCAGCCGAUCUUUGUAAUCUUGGUCAGACUUCCUCCCCAGUUACGAACGGAAUGGAAUCGCCUCCAACGUCGAGAGAAAUACAAGGACAAUGACAGGUUGCGUGAAUUUCUCGCAUUUCUCCGCGAUUACGCACAGUCAACAGGCGACACCAGAACUCAAAAUGCAAUUGC